GGCGGAGGAGGCGGCGCUAAGGGCGAGAGGGAGCCGGGGCUGCCCGCUUGGCCUGGCUGGGGCGGGCGCUGGCGGCUUGCCCACCCGCGGCUGGCUGGCUGGCUGGCUGGCGUGCCGUCACCCUCCCCUCCCUUGGCUACGCCACGCGGGCUCUAUGACCCCGCAGUUCCGAGCGCCGAUGACACGGAUUCCGAGGCUCAGUUACGGAAGCAGCCGCCGCCGCCGCCGCUCCAGCUGCCUCCUCCGCCGCUGCCGCUGUAGCCACCGGGCAAAAGGAGAGCGCUGCGCGCGCAGCAGCCCGGGCUCUUCCUCCCAGCGCCGGCCGUGAGAGUUCGGUGGCGGCCAGAGCAGCGGCACAGGCGGAGGCGCCGGCGGGUGCCGCUGCUGGACGGGCGCCCCGACGUGCUCCUGCUCGCGGGCGCCGCUGCCGUCCGGGCGCCUCUCGCCUGUCAAGCAGCAGCAGCAGCAGCAGCAGCACCAGCACCAGCAACAACAGCAGCAGCAGCAUCCCCCGACCCCGUGAGUCCCCGGUUAAGGGGUCGGGGAGCCCGCCGGCAGGCCUCGGCUGGAAGCUCUCCACCGCCCCCUGCCUCUUCGGCCCCGUCGACGCGGCAGCUCCGCGCAUGGAGAAGCGAGGGAAGAGGAUGGACUGCCCGGCGCUGCCCCCCGGGUGGAAGAAGGAGGAGGUCAUCCGCAAGUCGGGGCUCAGCGCCGGGAAGAGCGAUGUCUACUACUUCAGCCCAAGUGGAAAGAAGUUCCGAAGCAAGCCCCAGUUGGCCAGGUACUUGGGGAACUCUGUUGACCUCAGCAGUUUUGACUUCAGGACGGGGAAGAUGAUGCCCAGUAAAUUACAGAAGAACAAACAGAGAUUAAGGAAUGACUCGCUCAGUCAAAAUAAGGGUAAGCCAGAUUUAAAUACAACACUGCCAAUAAGACAAACAGCAUCUAUCUUCAAACAGCCUGUAACCAAAGUUACCAACCAUCCAAAUAACAAAGUGAAAUCGGAUCCACAGCGAGUGAUUGAACAGCCUAGACAGCUUUUCUGGGAGAAGAGACUGCAAGGCUUAAGUGCAUCCGAUGUGAGUGAACAGAUCAUAAAAUCCAUGGAGCUGCCUAAAGGCCUUCAAGGGGUCGGCCCCGGGAACAAUGAUGAUACCCUCUUGUCUGCUGUCGCCAGCGCCUUGCACACCAGCUCUGCACCUAUCACGGGGCAACUCUCUGCGGCGGUGGAAAAGAACCCAGCCGUGUGGCUGAAUACAUCCCAACCUCUCUGCAAAGCGUUCAUUGUCACAGACGAGGACAUUAGGAAACAAGAGGAACGAGUGCAACAGGUACGCAAAAAACUGGAGGAGGCACUUAUGGCUGACAUUUUGUCACGAGCCACAGAUGUAACUGACCUGGACGAGGUUGAGAUGGACAAUGGAGAAGAAGCAUGAGAGGCAGUGAAUCAGGUACUUGAAACAGAAUUAUCCCCGGAGGAAAUUUCUGGAAAGUGGAGGCACUUUCUACACCGUUGGUCUUUCAGGAUAAGAAGAAUAGGACCGUGCACAUUUUUAUAGCUUUCUAAUAGCAUUAAAAACCAAUGCCUUUUUUGGCUAAUUAUUGUUAUUAUUAUUAUUUUAUUAUUAUUAUUAAUUUUUGGUGUAUAUAUCUUGUUCAAAAGAAAGAAAAGGAAAACCCAGACUUUAUUUUGUGUCUUAUGACUUUAAAAGUCUCUUUGAUCUCUCUCUCUCCUUUUUUUUUUUUUAAAUGUCAAACAAUUUCUUUCAACUGAAGCUGAGGUUUCAAUGCUAGGUUGCAAAUUUACUUGGAACUAUGAGACUAGCACUAAAAUAUUCAGGGUUUUCCGUGUGUGUGUGUGUGUGUGUGUGUGUGUGCGUGCAUGCGUGUAUGAGCAUAUGCGCUUGUAACAAUGGAUCAGGCAGAAGCAGAACAUUUCCCCACUUUAAAAAAAAAUUAUUGUGACAUAAUGUGUGUGUGUUUUAUAUAAGAGAUUUUUUAAUACUGCCAUUGAAUGGAAACAUCUGUACAAUGUCCUUCUCUAAAGAGAAAUAAAUCUAUCCAGAGCAACUGAAUCUCUAAGUCUGUGAUGAGCUAGAGUUGAAGCAAUUUAGGGGAUGGGGCCACAGCUUCGUAGCAGAGCCAUCUGCCUUGCGUGCAGGACAUCCCAGGUUCAAUCCUUGGUGUCUCCAGGUAGGGCUGGGAAGGACUCCUGCCUGAAACAUUUUAAGAGCCGCUGCCGGUCAUUGUAGACAACACUGAGCUAGAUAGACCAAUGGUCUGAUUCAGUAUAAGGCGGCUUCCUAUGUUUCUGGUGUAUUUUGUCACCAUUUGUGCCCAGAUCACAGCACUGAUCAUUAGGCAGAGAUAGCUACUGGAUCCUAAGAACCAUGAGCAGAGUCCCAUUCACAGAAUGGGACUUGCCAGCCAUCUCCUUGCUGCUGCAGUUCCUGUGCCUCCCAGGCUAAACUUUAGGAUUGGGUAAAUAGAUGGACCAAUGGGCUGACUUGGUAUAGGGCAGCUUCCUAUGUUCCCAUGUAUCAAGGACCCCAAUUGCACUAGCAGAAGUGUCCUACGCUUCUGCCAGUAGCCCUUUGGAUCCCAUCCUUGUCCAGUGAGUGGAGUGUAUCUGUGGCACUGGGGCUUACUGGUCUUGAUCCAGCUCGAGCUGUGCUUUCAUUGCAUGCAAGAAAUGGCCCUAGAUUGGGAUGUGUAUCCCCAUCGGAGGCACGCAUUCAGUUCAAUAGGAAAUGGGGUGAGGACUGUGAUGUGAAUGGGUCUGCCAUGCUGGAUUUGGGUGACUAUCUCUCGGCUUCAGUUCUCCAUUUGUAAAAUGGAAAUAAAUAACCUACCUCACAGGGUUGUUGUGAGGAUGAACCUAAUAAAGAUUUUAAAGCACUUUGCAAAUAUAAA